CGAAAUUUAUCUAGGCGUAUAAUUACGCGUUUUCAUUCAUCAAAUAACCGACCCACCUGUUUUCCGAUCUCUACUCACAAUCAACAAGGGAAUAACUUACUAAAUCACUCGCCCCUCACACCCAAAACAUUCACUAUUCCUUUAUAUAACGCGAUAAUUUCUGGUUAUGCGUUAAAUCACUCGCCCCGCACACCCAAAACAUUCCAUGUGCUGGCAAAACUUCCAGCCGAUUGCUUCGGUGCUUACAUCAUCUCCAUGGCUACGUCACCUUCUCACGUGCUUGCGGUUGAGUUGCUUCAGCGGGAAUGCCACGUAAAACAACCGUUGCGAGUGGUCCCGCUUUUCGAAAAACCAGCGGAUCUUGAUGCAGCUCCUGCUGCCGUGGCCUGUCUUUUCUCGAUCGAGUGGUACCGAAACCGGAUCGAUGGUAAACAAGAAGUUAUGAUGGGGUACUCCGAUUCCGGAAAAGAUGCCAGACGCCUAUCUGCCGCAUGGCAGCUCUACAAGACUCAAGAAGAGCUAAUUAACGUUGCUAAGAAGUUCGGGGUUAAGCUCACCAUGUUUCAUGGACGCGGUGGGACCGUUGGGCGAGGUGGUGGGCCUACCCGUUUGGCUAUACUGUCUCAACCACCUGAUACCAUUCACGGGUCUCUUAGAGUCACGGUUCAAGGUGAGGUUAUAGAACAAUCAUUUGGUGAAGAACAUUUGUGUUUUAGAACGCUUCAGAGGUUUUGUGCGGCUACGCUUGAGCACGGGAACCCCCCAAUCUCACCGCAAUCCGAGUGGCGUGCACUUAUGGAUGAGAUGGCAGUUCAAGGUGUUACGAUUUGA